GGGGUUAAGGAAUAAUUACUUCCAAAUAUCUAAAAACUGAACAGCAGUUCAAUAGUAACAUAACGCAGGGUACUGAAAGUUUGUGUAAGCCGUAGCUAGUUGACGUUAGCUAACACUUUGCUAGCUAGCUACAGCAGUUUUUUAUUAUAUUAGCUUUGUGGGCGGCUAGCUAGCAGCGAGUCUGUGAGAACUGAGAUUACCUCGGAUACACAGCAUUGAAACCACGCUAUAAUUUAUUUAAUAAGAGUCAGUGUCUUAUUUUUAAAAAGUAUUUAGUAUUUAUUUAGUAGUUGGAUUGUAUGCUAUGAGAAUACACAGGCUCGCGCUUUAAGGACGUCCCAACUAUGUCAUCUAACCUACACUAGCAUUCUAGCUAACGUAAUGUUUGUUUAUUUAUUUAUUUAUUUUUGAGCAGUUUAAAGUUGUGUUGAAUAAUUAAAUGAGUAGAGCUACACGGAUAUUUAUUCAUUUUACCACAUACAUCCUUAUACACCCUGUUGAGUAGGGGUGUUACGGUUUGAAAAUUUCACGGUCGAGAAUUGAAUGGAUACACCAGAACGCAGCCUGUUGAUGCUUUUCUGUCUCUGAACAUCUGGUGAGAUCGUUUUAAAGAGGCUCAGAGACGAGGGAGGUCAGUCAGGAUGUCGAUCACGAACACGCCGACCAGUAACGACGCCUGCCUGAGCAUCGUGCACAGCCUGAUGUGCCACAGGCAGGGCGGCGAGAGCGAGACUUUCGCCAAACGAGCCAUCGAGAGCCUGGUGAAAAAGCUGAAAGAGAAGAAAGAUGAACUUGACUCACUCAUCACAGCCAUCACCACCAACGGGGCUCAUCCCAGCAAGUGUGUGACCAUCCAGCGCACUCUGGAUGGCCGGCUUCAGGUGGCUGGACGUAAAGGUUUCCCUCACGUGAUCUAUGCCCGCCUGUGGCGGUGGCCCGACCUCCACAAGAACGAGUUGAAGCACGUCAAAUACUGCCAGUUUGCUUUCGACCUGAAGUGUGAUAGUGUCUGCGUGAACCCUUACCACUACGAGCGGGUGGUUUCACCAGGUAUAGACCUCUCUGGACUUACACUGUCGGGUACUGGUUCCUCUGGCCUCAUGGUCAAAGACGAGUAUGACUAUGAUUGCCCAUCAUCUUUACCCAGUUCUGAGGGCCACAUCCAGACCAUCCAGCACCCUCCUACGAGACCCAUGCCUGAGCCGGCCUUCAGCAGUCCUGCCCUACUCCCUCCCGCUGAAGGCAGCAGCUCGGCCUCCACCUCUGCCUUCUCCAGUAUCCCAGUGGGAUCUUCAACUCAGCCCAGUAUUCUCUCAGGGAGCCGUAGCAGCGAGGGGCUGCUACAGAUUGCUUCGGGAACAGGGCAGGGGACGCAGCAGAAUGGCUUUCCCCCAGGCAACUCCUCCACUUACCAUCACAAUGCAACCUCCACUUGGACAAGAAGCAGCAGUUUCACUCCCAGUGUGCCUCCACAACAAAAUGGCCAUAUACAACAUCAUCCACCCAUGCACCAUCCAGGACACUACUGGCCUGUACACAAUGAAAUAGCAUUUCAGCCACCUAUUUCAAACCACCCAGCUCCCGAGUACUGGUGCUCCAUUGCCUACUUUGAGAUGGAUGUGCAGGUCGGUGAGACUUUUAAGGUUCCCUCAAACUGCCCCAUUGUGACCGUGGAUGGCUAUGUGGACCCAUCAGGAGGAGACCGCUUUUGUCUGGGCCAGCUAAGCAACGUGCACAGAACUGAGGCCAUCGAAAGAGCAAGGCUGCACAUUGGUAAGGGCGUCCAGCUGGAAUGUAAAGGUGAGGGUGACGUGUGGGUGCGCUGCCUCAGUGACCACGCCGUCUUCGUGCAGAGCUACUACUUGGAUCGAGAGGCUGGCCGUGCCCCUGGAGACGCCGUGCAUAAGAUCUACCCGAGUGCAUACAUCAAGGUAUUUGACCUGCGUCAGUGCCACCGGCAGAUGCAGCAGCAGGCGGCUACGGCUCAGGCAGCGGCUGCAGCUCAGGCAGCGGCGGUGGCUGGAAACAUCCCCGGACCUGGAUCUGUGGGCGGCAUCGCCCCCGCAAUCAGUCUGUCUGCAGCCGCUGGCAUCGGUGUGGACGAUCUGCGCAGGCUGUGCAUCCUGCGCAUGAGCUUCGUGAAAGGCUGGGGUCCCGAUUACCCAAGGCAGAGCAUUAAGGAGACACCAUGCUGGAUUGAGAUCCACCUGCACCGGGCCCUGCAGCUGCUGGACGAGGUGCUGCACACUAUGCCCAUAGCUGACCCACAGCCGCUGGACUGAGCACAACAUUGUCUCUCUCUCUCUCUCCCUGUUAGAGCCAGGCACUGAACUGAGCGAGGUUUUGUUUUUCCACAAUCAGGUAACUAAUGCCGAUGAACUGUGCGAUAGUGUGGAUGAGUUCAGAGAUGACCCUCAGCCUCUUGUUAAACAAAAGGCGACAUCAAGGAUGUUGACACAACACAAAUUUGACUUUUUAAUAGGAAAUAACAGUGGAAAGAUGCUCCAUGAUUUCAUCCAAACACCUUAUUGUUGCUGUUCUUCUGAAGGCCCCAACGGUGCAAAAGUUGUAUUAACAAACAAGGAAUCAAAUUGUGAGCAUUAUGUGAGGAAAUGGUUUACGCUCUCUAUAUUAUAAACCCAGGAAGAGCAUAAUGGACAUAACUGCUUCUUUAUAUAGACUGAAGGUGUUUUUACAGAAUUCAUGGAUGUAGUUUCCACAGUCUGCAACACACAAAGAUGUUCAGGGACAUUUUGUGCAUGUCAGUGCUACCAGAAACUAAUCACUGCUUUACAGGGCAAUGUUUAAUGAAUUACAUUUAUGCCAUAUUGGGCCAUGAUGAAGUUACUGACCUGUGUAUUAAUAUAGUGCAGGACCUAGGCCUUUCUCAAGAACUAUAAAACCACUUGCAGGUUUUCUUUUUUUUUCUUUUUUCUUUUUUUGCCGCAGUUUGUAAAUUUCGGAGCCCUCUGCUUCUUUUUCCCCAGACUAACCCCACAUCCUCUGUUGAAAGCAUGUUGGUUUCCAGAGUCAAAUUUUAGGAAGGAAAAAAAAAAAAAAGCAGAGAACUGAGCAGCCCUGUAACAGCAGGGAUCUAAGUUAGGUUCACGGCAGAAAAAUGUAAGCAGAAGUCUAAAAUUUAAUGAACUAGCCUCAGUGACAAUAUUGCAAAUCACAGCUUUUCUAAAAUAUUGUAAAAAUAUACAGGAUUGUAUCACCUGGAGAUGACAGACUGCACCUUUAACUGCUGUUUCAUACAUUGAGCCAUCCCUUAGCUUAUUAAACCAUGUAGCAUUUAUUUUUCCCCCCCUGCUGGAAUGAAGUAAAGCAAUUGUAACUAGUUUAAACCCUGACAUUUUCUAAAAUACAGUAUGUAACCACAUUGUACUACAGGCAAGAGAUAGGAAGAUUGAGGGGAAGCGAUAAAAACGUAUUUUGCAAUAUAAAGCUGUUAAGAUAGGCAGGGUGAUCAGCUUGUAUGGGCGCAAUAGUGUUUUUUUUUUUUUUUUUUUUUUUAAAUCUAAAUCAUUACCAGUUAAUAUAGCACUUUAUUAAAGUUUUCAUUUUCCCUCCCUUCCUAAUUUCUCCUCUAACAUUUAUCACAGCCAUGUUCCAACCUGUGACACCUUAAGGUUUUAUUAGUGGGACAUUAAACUCUCACUAGGGUUCAUUCACAGCUUCAUGACUCAACAUUAACAGAUUUUUUUUAAAUAAUAAUACCCAUACCUCUGUGCUUUGUAUGUCUAAAUGCAUGUUGAAAGGGCUUGUGGUGAUUUCCACUUCAUACAAACUUCUUGGCCUUGAAGCAAGCCUCGUAAGGAUACCUCUCUCUCUCACUCUUCUCUGAAGAACCAAACUCAUACCUUUUUACCUUUCUUACCUUUUUAAAUUCCCAUCCUUCUCAGUGAAUAAAUCUCAUCAGUGUGUUAAUUAGAAUGAAACUAGAAAACGAACAUGUUUUCUAUGCGAGCAGGAAGCCAUAUGAAAUGAGAGAACAGAGAAUAAGGUCAGUAUUACUUAAAGCCUGUGUAUGUAUGUCCUGGCUCUUUUGCUUUAAGUACAAACUGACGGAGUUUAGACAAUCCUGUCGGCAUGGCCUCUCUUAGUGGUCUCACCUAGAAUGAUUCCUUUUGCUACUUUUACAAUAUGCAGCCUGAUGUUCUAUAGCAAUUUGUAUUGAAAAGAGAAAGAUGAUUGCAGUUUCCAUAGGAACACUUGUUCUUUCAGGUAGAUAAUCGAUUUUAUCAGUUAACUGAAAUAUAUUUCAAAGUAGGAUGUUGAACAAUUUCUGCUGUCUUGUGUGUUUUUUUUUAAGUUUGGUUCCACUUUAUACAUAUUCCUGCCAUACUAAAAUUUUGAUAUCCAUUUAGGGCUGGGCGAUAUGAAAAAAUUGUAUCCAAGUAAUUUAACAUCAUGAAGUGAAGCCCUGUGACUAUUGUCAGGUGAUGUUGUAUCUGUUACUCACUGCAACAAGUGUUUGAGUGUUGAAAUCUAUCGUGCCCCAUCCUUUUCCUUGUUACAAAUGUUGGAUGAAAAAUGUCAGAAUUUAGUUUUGCGGUCAUUCUCAUUGUUUUGCUGGUACCUGGUUGGCAAAACCUUAGCCCAACACCUGGUUUUAUCAAACACUUGAGUUAAAUUGGAUCAUUUAGUCAUCGUUUAGUCAUCAGCCAAUCCUGUGGCAGGUCAAGAGCUUCAGUUAAUGUUCAUAUCAAACACCAGAUUGGGCAAAAUGGUCUCAGUGACUUUGACUCUGGCAUUGUUGUUGGUGGCAGACAGGCUGGUUUGAGCAUUCCUGGGAUUUUCACACAGAGCAUUCUCUAGAAUUUACACAGAAUGGUACAAAAACAAAAAAAAACAUCCAGUGAGCUAAAUAGCAGUGAGUUGAGAAGGUCAGACUGGUUCAAGCUGACUGGAAGACUGCGGUAACUCAACCACUCUUUACGUCCAUGGUGAGCAGAAAAUCAAAGAAUACAGUAUUUUCCAAUUCAUGUGGCCAGUGUGAGUGUAUAUGUGGUAGAAAGCAUUCCAAAAUGUUCAUCAAAAUCUGUCUGUUUUUAUAUUCUGUUUGUGUAGUGCUUUGUAAGUUUGUCAUGAGGCCAGGGUGGUGAUCACGAAAUGCUGCAUCUUAAGCAUGGGUAAAGCUAGCAAUACCAGCGGUGAGACAGAUCUUUCAACAAGGAAAAGUUUAUUAAUUGAAAGACAAGCCACAAGUAAGUAAACAACACUAAGAAGCUAGCCUGAGCUCAAGUCUGAAAUAUUCAGAAAAACCAAACUACAUGUGUCUUGGAUAGUUCUUCUAUUUUUCCUCAUAAAUGACACACUAAAUGUUAAUAUAUGCCUUUAUAAAUAUAAAAGUUCCCCAGUUUUGUCAUCCUUCAUGUAAAAUACACAAUACAAAUCACUCUACACAUAUUGGUUAGCUCUUACCAAUUUUUCAGAGAAUAUAAUUUACUAAGAGAAAUUGGAACAACACACAAAAAAGAACAAAAAAAAUACAAAUUGUAUGUAUAUGUAAAGUACAAUACAUUGUCCAAAAAGAGAAAGCGGGCAGAAAAGAAUCACAAUGUACACUUUAGUGGUUAAAGAAAGGGCGAGUAAAUAAAUAACCAUCCGUUUUAGCUCAAUAUUUACAACUAAGACUGCUUUUCCGAGCAGAGUCGCUCGGGAGUACCACAAUGCUUGUGCUUGCAUUAGAACGCGCUACAGCAGGCCACGGCGCACUACGUAAACUGUCAAAUGGCACUUAAAAUAUUCCCAAAGCAUAAAGAAAUUAAAAACAAUCACAAUCACGCUACAAAUAAUAGAAAGAGGAAAGAAAAAGAAA